GUCACAUCAUAGCCUGGCCCCAAGGCCUGGCAUGGAUCUCUUGCCUUUGCUGCAUCCAUGGCUUGGUGUCAUGUCAAAUAUAUUUGACUCACUAUCAAAUAUAUCCAGGUCUGGGCAAUCUAAGACAAGAAGAAAGAGCUAGAGCUGUAGGAUGGAGGCUGGGGCGUUGCCCGCUUCAGGGUUCCAGGGCUGCCCACUGCCAAAUCCCCAGGAGGAAAGGGAGGAGGAGACUUCCACUGGACUGGAUGUGUUGUUCCUGAGGCAAGGAGGCCAGAAUGGCUCCUAGUGUCCAUGGCAUUACUUGCCCUUUUAAGCUUCCCUCUCACCACCUACACACCGGCAACCUGCAGGUCUCCCCUGAGCCUGGGUUUUGCCCCUCCCAGCUGCCUGCUGAGCCCUUCCCCUGGUUGUCCCAUCCAGCCUGCACACACAGCACAUUCCGACUUGGACUUGUCGUCUUUUCUUCCCCCAAUAUGCUAUUCUUCCUGUGAUGUCCACAAAACUGGAAAGAUGUGGUUUGUCUCCCUGGCCUCUACUUCCCUUUACUCUGGCAAGAGCCCCCGUGUUUCUUUGGGAUCCACCUCUUCCCCUCUUAACCUCUGUGGCCUGUUUGGCUCCAGCAAAGCUCAUGCAUGGAUCAGCUCUAAGUCAAUUAACACGACCAUAGUGAUUGGCUCAGGAGUGAGCAUGUGAUCUAAGCUGGUCCAGUCAGAGUGACCCUCAGAACUUUCAUAUAAAUGUGGGACACAAGCUCUUGUUUCUGUUGGAUUUAAACCUGGAAGGAUCUAGCUCAGAGAGGUGCUGGAAGCCACCUUGUGACCAUGAGGCUGGUGGUCAUCUUGUGACAAUGCAAAAGAGCCAUCAAGAACAGAGUCAGCACGGAGCACCUGCGAUACAAGAGAUGGAGACAGAAUAAGCUGAUGAUGUGGCCUGAGCCCCUGGGUCCAGAUGAGGACACAGAGGAUCAGAGAGGUGGAGCGACUUACCCAAGGAGCUGGCAUUUGAAGCAAAGUCUGUUCAUGUUCCGUCUGUGCUCUUUGUCCAUCAUUCUCUCAACUCCAGUGGAUCAGAAUCUCUUGGAAGAAUUGGCUUCCCAGGGCCACUUGGACCUCACGGAGCUCAUCGGCGUCCCGCUCCCCUCAUCCGUGUCCUUUGUCACCGGCUAUGGCGGCUUCCCGGCCUACAGCUUCGGGCCUGGAGCCAACGUUGGCCGCCCAGCCAGGACCCUCAUCCCGCGCACCUUCUUCAGGGACUUUGCCAUCAGCGUGACGGUGAAGCCCAGCAGUGCCCAAGGAGGGGUGCUCUUUGCUAUCACAGAUGCCUUCCAGAAGGUCAUCUACCUGGGCCUGCGGCUCUCGGGCGUGCAGGAUGGCCAUCAGCGGGUCAUCCUCUACUACACAGAGCCUGGCUCCCAGGUGUCCCACGAGGCUGCUGCCUUCCCGGUGCCCGUGAUGACCCACAGGUGGAACCGCUUUGCCGUGGUUGUCCAGGGUGAGGAAGUAACCCUCCUCGUGGACUGCAAGGAGCACAGCCACGUCCCUUUCCCGAGGUCCUCCCGGGCCUUGACCUUCGAGCCCAGUGCAGGAAUCUUCGUGGGCAACGCAGGAGCCACGGGGCUGGAAAGAUUCACCGGCGCCAUACAGCAGCUCACCGUCCACCGCAACCCCAGGACUCCCGAGAUGCUGUGUGAAGCUGAAGACUCCUCGGCAUCGGGAGAGACCAGCGGGCUUCAGGAGACAGACGAAGUGGCUGAGAUCUUAGAAGCUGUCACCUUCACUCAAGCCCCGUCUAGAGAAACAGAAGUGGAACCCAUAAACACACCUCCAACUCCAUCCCCUCCCUCUGAGGAUACGGAGCUUUCCGGCGAACCUGUACCCAAGGGGACCCAGGAAACCACCAACCUGAGUGUCAUCCUGCACGGCAGCCCUGAGCAAGGGUCUGGUGAGAUCCUGAAUGACACGCUGGAGAGAGUGCAUACUGUGGAUGGUGUCCUCGUUACAGACACUGGCUCGGGGGAUAGGGGCUUCCCUGAUGUCAUUGAAGAGGGCUCACCUACUGAAGAAGGUUUAACAGCAACAGCAGCAGCCGAGGUGCCCAUCAGCACUGCCAGGGAAGCAGAGGUCGACAUUGUGCCCACCGGGGGACCGAAGCUCUCCACAUCCACCGAGGACUCCGGGGAAGGGGUCACUCUGGGUCCAGAUGAUGAAGAAGGUUCGGCAGCGACAGUGGCUGGGGAGGCCGAGGUGCCCGUCAGUAGUGCCGGGGAAGCAGAGGCCAGCAGUGAGCCUACCAGAGGACUGACCCUCUCCAUGUCCAUCCAGGACCCUGGGGAAGGGGUCACUCUGGGUCAAAUCAGUGAAGAAGGUUUAACUACAGCAGCAGCGGCCGCAGAAGUGCCUCUCAUCCCCUUUGAGGAAGAGGAGGCCAGCGGGGUCCCCACCGAUGGCCUGGCUCCCCUCACACCCACAGCGGCCCCCGAGCAAGCGAUCACUUCUGGUCCUGGUGAUGAAGACUCAGUAGCAGUGGCAACCGAGGAGCCCUUUAUGGCAUCUGGGGCAGAAGAGCUGGGCGGCGCCCCCCCGGAGGGGCCCCUACUCCCCGUACCCACGGUGGCUCCUGAAAGGGGGGUCCCUCUGGGUGAAGCUGAGGAGGGGCUUCCUGGUUUCCCUGGAUCUGCUGGGCCCGCUGGACCCACGGUGGGAGCGGAGGCUGAAGGCUCUGGCCUGGGCUGGGGCUUGGAUGUUGGCUCUGGCUCUGGGGACCUGGUGCGCAGUGAGGAGCUGUUAAGAGGUCCCCCAGGCCCCCCGGGCCCACCUGGCUUACCUGGGCUUCCAGGAAAACCAGGAACCGAUGUUUUCAUUGGACCCCCUGGAUCUCCUGGAGAGGAUGGACCUGCUGGUGAACCCGGUCCCCCGGGCCCUGAAGGGAAGCCUGGACUUAAUGGAGCCUCCGGCCAUCCUGGAAUGAAAGGGGAGAAGGGAGAAAGAGGACCUAAUGGCUCAGUUGGUGAAAAGGGUGAUCCCGGCAACAGAGGCUUACCAGGACCCCCUGGGAAAAACGGACAAGUUGGCACUCCUGGGGUCAGGGGACCCCCAGGGCCUCCUGGACCCCCUGGGCCCCCAGGCCCUGGAUGUGCAACGGGACUUGGAUUUGAGGAUACUGAAGGCUCUGGAAGCAUCAGGCUGUUGCAUGAACCCAGAAUCUCUGGAUCAACGGCUUCAAGUGGUCCCAAAGGAGAAAAAGGAGACCAGGGACCUAAGGGCGACAGAGGGAUGGAUGGAGCCAGUAUUGUAGGACCCCCUGGUCCCAGGGGGCCACCAGGGCGCAUCGAGGUCUUGUCUAGUUCUUUGGUCAACAUCACGCAUGGAUUCAUGAAUCUCUCGGACAUUCCCGAGCUGGUCGGGCCUCCGGGCCCUGAGGGCAUGCCUGGGCUGCCAGGAUUUCCAGGUCCCAGAGGACCAAAAGGUGACACUGGUGUGCCUGGAUUUCCGGGACUAAAAGGAGAACAGGGCGAGAAGGGAGAGCCAGGUGCCAUCCUGAUGGGGGAUGUUCCUCUGGAAAGGCUGAGGGGCAAAAAGGGUGAACCUGGAGCGCACGGAGCCCCAGGACCGAUGGGGCCCAAAGGACCACCAGGACACAAAGGAGAAUUUGGCCUCCCUGGACGACCUGGUCGCCCAGGACUGAAUGGCCUUAAAGGCUCCAAAGGAGAUCGAGGGGUCAUGAUGCCGGGCCCACCUGGCUUACCUGGUCCUCCAGGCCCCCCAGGACCACCUGGAGCUGUGAUCAACAUCAAAGGAGCCAUCUUCCCGAUACCAGUCCGGCCACACUGCAAAACUCUAGUUGGUACCACGCAUCCCGGGAAUUCAGAACUCAUCACCUUUCAUGGUGUUAAAGGAGAGAAAGGAUCCUGGGGUCUUCCCGGCUCAAAAGGAGAAAAAGGCGUCCAGGGGGCCCAGGGACCACCAGGCCCUCCUGUGGAUCCCACUUACCUGAGACAUUUUCUGAACAGCUUGAAGUGGGAGAAUGAAGACAGGGAGUUCAAAGGAGUAAAGGGAGACUCUAACAGCGGCUUCUCCGUGUCAGGGCCUCCGGGCCUGCCAGGAAGCCCAGGCCUGGUGGGCCAGAAAGGGGAGACUGUUGUCGGACCCCAGGGACCCCCGGGUGUUCCUGGCCUGCCUGGUCCACCUGGCUUUGGGAGACCUGGUUCCCCUGGGCCACCAGGACCCCCAGGGCCACCAGGACCCCCAGGGCCACCAGGACCUCCAGCUAUCCUAGGAGCAGCUGUGGCCCUUCCAGGUCCACCUGGCCCUCCAGGACAGCCAGGGCUUCCCGGAACCAGAAACCUGGUUACAGCUUUGAGCAACAUGGAUGACAUGUUACAGAAAGCGCAUUUGGUUAUAGAAGGGACGUUCAUCUACCUGAGGGACAGCACCGAGUUCUUCAUUCGUGUCCGAGAUGGUUGGAAAAAGUUACAGCUAGGAGAACUGAUCCCCAUUCCGGAUGACAGCCCUCCACCCCCUGCGCUUUCCAGCAAUCCUCGUCAGCCUCAGCUGCCUCUGAUGUCUGUUUCAAGUGUCAGUUAUGGCAGGCCUGCACUGCACUUGGUUGCUCUGAACACGCCAUUUUCUGGGGACAUCCGAGCUGAUUUUCAGUGCUUCCAGCAGGCCAGGGCUGCGGGACUAUUGUCCACCUACCGAGCAUUCUUAUCCUCCCAUUUGCAAGAUCUCUCCACAGUUGUGAGGAAAGCAGAGAGAUACAGCCUUCCAAUAGUGAACCUCAAGGGCCAAGUGCUUUUUAAUAGUUGGGAGUCAAUUUUUUCUGGCAAUGGAGGUCAAUUCAAUACACACAUUCCAAUAUAUUCCUUUGAUGGCCGAGAUGUAAUGACAGACCCUUCUUGGCCCCAGAAGGUGGUUUGGCACGGCUCAAGCACCCACGGAGUCCGUCUCGUGGACCAAUACUGUGAAGCAUGGCGAACCGCUGACAUGGCAGUCACAGGCCUGGCCUCCGCUUUGAGCACAGGGAAGAUUCUGGACCAGAAAGCGUACAGCUGCGCUAAUAGGCUAAUUGUUCUGUGUAUUGAAAACAGUUUCAUGACAGACGCGAGGAAGUAACCACCUUCCUAUGAUUCUUAAGAGUUUUCCAUUUUUUCUUAUGUGAAGAGUUGACACUGAAAUCUAAAAUGUUUAAAUGUUGUAAAUAUUAGGUUUUUUUACUACAUAUUCAUCAGAACAGCAACCAAAGAAAACAUACCUCAGUACACUCAAAACUGAAGACAUAAAGGACUCAGAUCAAAGAUAAAAUCUGAUCCAUCUAUUGGUGCUAGAUUCUGCAGGAAACCCCAUGCAGUGUGAACACAUCCCAACAUGGUUAAGAGCAAGUUGAAAACAAAGGCCUGGCAUCCUGCCCACUGCAUCCUUCGGAAAGUAAUUUCCUCCUUUUAACCAUUGCUGAGUGUAAGAUGUCCUUCAUGUCUUCUUACAAAGUCAGUGUUAAGAAAUGCUACCCCUUUCUAAGUUAUAUGCAGACCGAAUGCUUUAUUCUCUAAUAUAUAUCCGUUGUUUGCAACUGCUGUUCAUAAAGAGAAACAGAACCGCUCAAAAUGAUCCUAUUUGUAUUUUCUGAUAUUACCAGACCUUAAUGUUUUUUUCCUAAAAUAUUAUUGCCAUCAUGCUUUAGGAGUUUUAUAUUUUUACACAAUCAUAUUUUAGUAUGGCAUCUGUUUAUAUAACUGACUUGCUGGAAUAGUUUAAAUGCCAAAAGAUCUGAAACUAGAAAAGAAAUAGCACAUAAUUACUACCUUUCGCUUGGCGGCCCUCCCCGCCCCCCAUCCUGCACCCUGAUUCUGUGAUUUCCAUUUGGCAAUUCUUGAAUUAUAACUGCAAUUGAACAAACAGGUUCAUGAGGAUGAAUUUUCUGAGACACAUAUAUCUUCAUGCUGUAUUCUUUGAUUCCUUUUUUUUUUUUUCACGUAAGUGAACAUAAAAACAUCUUUUCCAGG